GUGUCUAAACUUGGAAGAUCCAACGCACUCCCAUUUGGAUAUUGCUGCAUUGGAAGGCUAAUCCUCGAGUCCUUGAAAUUUGUGAAGUGAAGAAGAUAGCGAGAGAUGGUUACUAAUCGGAAUUCAAAUCCCAGGGCUCUGCAAGUUUUCUGCAUUGGAACGGCUGAUACGAAGCUCGAGGAGCUCAGAUUUCUCUCCGAUGCCGUCCGAUCCAGUCUCGGCAGUUUCUCCAUUAACUCUUCCUCCAAG